AUGGCGCCACUGAUCAUUGUCGGGUUUGCGGUCUUCCAAUCAAAUAAAUCAAACAACGGGAAGUAUCUACAAAACGUUAGAGAAGGAAAGUUGCGCAAUUACAUUAAAUGCAACGGAGACGAUAUUUUUGAUCAUCUAUCCAAAUUUCGAGUAGAGAGAUCGAAAAGCAACAAUAAUUUAGUGAGCAUAAGAUGCUGCUAUAGCAACAAAUACUUGAGGCGCGUUAGCGAAGAAUCGACAUUUAUUGUCGCAGCAGCUGAUGCAGUGGAUGAAAACCCAUCGAAUUGGUCAUGCACGCUGUUCAGGCCCCUUCCCAUAGAUGACGAAACAUAUCGUUUCCAACACGUCCAAAACAGGAACAAUCUCUGCCACUGGGUAUCACCGGGCAACGAAUAUGAUGGCUGCUUAGCUGCGAGAUUGUCCAGCAAAGACGAGCAUGGAUGGGAUCGGUUCACAAUUAUUGACUGGGAAUCAUUGGUGAUAUUGCCCAAACAUGUGGCAAUCAAGGGAUACAACGGCAAGUAUCUUGUUUAUCGUUCAGGAUUUCGCGACGAGCUUAUGGAAUUUGCAGUUACUGAUAUUGGGUAUCAUAAAGUUGGAGAGUAG